GGAGACAUGCAUCUCUGUGGUUGUGAAACAAGGAUGCUAUAUGUGCAACACAUCCAUCAACAGCCACCUGACGCCUGUGUGACACAGAACAUCAUUUGAUCAUAUACAGCUGGUCUGCAUAGUCUACCAACGGGACACAUAUGUAUAUCAGGCGAACUUUGAUUUCAGGUCAACGGGAUGGUCGUCUCGCUGCUGUUGUGGAUGGCAUGCGUGGUAAUUGCUACUGAAGCUGGCCAAUGUAAGGAUAACCAACACUGUUCAGACUGUGCCAACACGACGGGACACUGCCUCACUGUGUGUGACUCUGGGUAUUUUGAUCUGAAAUGUUUGUCUGUUUGUGACGGGUAUUGUAAAUAUAACCUGUGUAGUCAGUCAGACGACGGUGGUGGACGUUGUACCGAGGGAUGUAUCCCAGGAUAUCAAGGCAGGAGGUGCAACAUACCAUGUGACAGUCCAGGAAGUAACUGUACAGCAUGUUCAGGUGGUUGUGAUGGAGGAUAUUGUCAGCUGGGCUCCUUCUGUGUGUCUGGAUGUGUAGACUCCAACUACGGGACCGACUGUGAAUCUGGUGAUAACGUGGAACUGACGAUAUCACUAUCUACAGGGCUAGCUACAGCAUCGGCGGUUUUCAUUGUGAUGGUUGUCGUGGCUUGGUGCUGCAGUUAUUGUCAAAGCUUGAUGAACGACAGCUUUCAGCUUUACGUCACGCCUACCCACGACAUGCAUGCUCUAACAGGGGUCAGUGAUGCUCCUCAAUAUGAUGUUGUUGACGAAGUAAAGAUGUACGAUGCGCUCACUGGUGAGGGGCAAGCAGGCUGUGACAUUCGUUCCGGGUAUGUGGGGCUGAGGUCGGUGCAGCAUGCCACCAUAUCACGUGAUCUGGAAAAUGCUGACUCAGCUGAACCGGGAACCUCAUCAGUGACCUGUGGGCGUGUAGGUGCUACGUCGUGUGUUUAAAAUCAUGACGUUAUAGAAGCAGAGGAUGAAGAUGUAUCUGUUGUUGAUUUACACCUACGCAUCAAGCUUCACAGUGGCAACAUACUGAGAUGCUGCGAGCGGCCACCGUUCUAGUUAUGUUCAAGUACUUUCAAUAAAACCCAAAUUUGUCAACCGAACGCAGGAUGAAACUAUCGCUGCAUCACUUUGGAUCAUAUUAUUUUAGAUUUUAGUCAAGGAUCUAGAGGCCUUAAAUGACUUGUGAUUCAACGAGCGCGAACAUCGUGCUGACAAUACAAGGCCAAUAUCUGCAUAUGUUAGAAGCAAGGACGAGCCUUCUAUAGCUGCGUGUAAAGCUGAAGAAAACUGGAACUGCUGUGUUCCGCGGUCUGUAGCAAUACCCAAGUCACAUGGUGCAGAGACAUUGAACAAUUCACUCAUUGUGUCAAUGUUACAAAUAGUCCUAACCUGUUUCCGUCUGCUCUGCUUUACUCUAUGCAACAUAGAUAAUCUAGUUUCCCCUUUAUAUGCCUGAACAGAAGAAUUGGGAAUCCAAAUACUGUCAACAGGUUAUUUGUAAUUGCAUCUGCUAUUGUUAAGACAUUAAAGGACACGAAUCAGCCCUGCAACGAGGUGACAAACAAUAAACACAUUCAUGUUGUCACUUCCUGUUUUGUGGUGAUAUUAAACCAGUUGCAUCUUCAAUACUAGCCUAUGCUAAUAGAUGACGACCUGAGAAUGAUUUCAUGAUUAAAAGAACGCCUGAACACCUUUUAGCUUACUGAAAGUUAAUCAAUUGACGUGACUGGACGGCCGUUUUUAUGCAUGACAUGUAUUGCCAUAUCAUUGAGACACUAUCAUGAAUACACUCUCAAUUCAAUGAGGAUUUUAAGGAUAUGAGUGUCCUUAAAUGACACAUUGUGAAUUGAAAUAACCAUUGUCCAAACGAUAUGAAAGUGUCCGGCGGCCGUGAAGGAAAAAAUCUGAUCUAGUCUAUAUGUACUUCUGGCAGGUUUCAAACAAGAGAAGAGCACACUUCUCAACGCCUGAAAAAAAAAAAGAAAAAAAAAAGACACAUCAACAUUCAAUAUAUGAUGCACUACAUGAUAUCGUAAACUGCUUCCUUGUGUUUUAAACUGAAACUAGUGCGGGAGUGAGAGUGUUACACCGCGUGCAGUAAUAACCAAGACACAUCAUAUAUAGGUGUUACACAUUGAGCCAAUAUCAUUGGUCAUGCUUGGUUCUAGCAUUACUCCACAACCAGUACCACGCUCCUUGAUAUGCAUACCACUGGCCCACGUAACUUGGCUUAUAUAUGGACGAGGGGUGGUCG